UCGACACUGUCUUCGAUGACAUCAUCCAAUCAAAUUCAAUCUAUAUUUUCUUUCCUACCUUUUAUGUUUUGGGUUGAAGAUUCUCAGUGAAUUAGUAUUUUGUUUUUCCAAACUUUAAAAUUGUUUUGUCUAUCACCAUUACGCCUGUGGUCCAUAACAGUUUAUCACCAUGGGUACUGAUUCAAUAAAAUAUACACUGGGAAAGAAACACAAGAUUUACAAUGAAUUAAUGAAGAAGAGUAUAGAAGAUGAUCAAAUAAUCACUUCUAUUGAAAUUAAAGGAGCCGAUAUAGAAAAAUUAAUGGAAAUAGACCUAGCAUGUCAUAAAAGAGAUAUUAUUUAUGUACAAAAUAUACUCAUGGGAGCAGACAUGUUAUAUGUAUCUAGAGUUCUAAAAAAAAGUGAUUGGCUACUCAAUGCCGAAUAUGCUCAUAUUAUAGAGCCAGAAUAUCUACGUGCACAAAUAUUUCCGAAAAUGACCAUAAAAGCAAAGAAUAAACUAAUGAAAUACAUAAGAAAUAACCUGAAAGAUGAAGUUCGCGUAGAAUCUUUCUUCAACGAUGAAAAAGACAUUAAAAAAGCAUUGAAGUGGUUACCUAAUUGUUCAUUACCAUUCAUUAAAGAAAAAGUUAAAAAACAUUUUGAAGAAUUAAAUUCAAAGUUAUUUAAACGUCUAUGUGAAAAAUCUGUUGAAGUUCUUGAAAUUGGAUUUAGUAAUUAUGGAAUUAGUAGUUAUAAACGAGAUAAACUACAAUGUGCGAUGCUCUUUUCUAUUAUUGAUGUGAAUAAAUACUUAGAUAUAGUAGAAAAGUCAGAAUAUUACAAUUGCCCUAAAUUCAAUCACAGAAUGACAAACAUAAUCAUGCAACAUUGCUCUGAAAGGAUUAUAAAAAAUUUUGAAAAAUAUGCUACCAAUAUACAUCUUGCUACAUUUGUAAAAUAUUUGAAAAAAGAAAAUAUAAAAGAUUUCUUAUAUACACAGGCAAUAAAACUUCCAAAAAUAUCAAGUUUCCGACUAUCACCCAUUUUUCAAUUUCAUUCCUUAAAAAUAUUUAUUAAAGCAAUGCCAUUUAAAGACCGUUUUAACUUUGUAAAUGCCAUUUUUAUAGAUAAGGUACACGUUAAUAAAAAAGAACAAAGUUUAUACGAUGAAUCAGAGUUAUAUAAAAUGAGCCAAUUAUAUAAAGUUUCUAAAUAUAAAAAUGAUUAUGUCUGGUAUCAAUUCGCGCCAUUUGAUAAAGCUUUUACAGAAUUAACAAAAUUAAUACGAUCCGAAUCAUCUCACAAUGAAAAACAAUCAAUGCUAGAAGUAUUGAUAUUAUGUGUUGGUAAUAAUGCACAUCAUCUGCAAGUCUUGUUACAAUAUUACUGUGAUAAACACAACGGUAACAAAAUUGAACAUCAAAUUAAUUUUGUUAAAAAAUUACUUUCUAGAACUAUGAUUCAGAAUUAUAACAAGAACACGUGGAAUUUGCUUGAUAUUAUAUUUAAAAAUAUGGACAUUUAUGUCGAGACAGAAGUUGAAUAUGAAAAUAUACAAGAAUGCAUCGAAGCAAUUAUUGUUCAUAAAAUACUUACAGAUGAACAAGUACCAGAAAUAAUAGAGAAACAAUUUAAAUUUAACACACUAAAGAAAUACGGUGAUAAACUAAAAAGUACCGAUAAAGAUAAAAUUUUUAAUUAUUUAUACAAUUUUAUUAUUCCAAAAGUAAGUAAAUCAAAUGUAACCAGUAAAAUUGAUAUUGAAGAAUGCCUUAAUUUAAUAUCUAACAUUCUAGAUAUUUUAAAAGACUGGGAUAAAAAUAUUGCUGACUAUCCAAUUGUACUUGAUAAAUUAAAUGAAUUAAUCAAAUUAAAUGAACAAAAUGCAUGGAAUGUAACACUUUCUCGCUUUUAUAAUGUAAAAAAAUCUUGGAGAAAGUAUAUGUUUGAACAAUCUUUAAUCAUACAUCCAUCCGAGGAAGUAUGUGUAAAUGCAUUGAAACAUGAUCCGGAAUUGCUAGUACGAUAUAAAAAUGUAGUGGACACUUUGUCUUGCAAUGAUAGUAUAUCACUAAGACAACUACUUAGCAAAUUGAGGAUAUAUUGGCCCCAAACAUUAGGUAAAAAUAUAACUAAUCAAUAUUUGAGUCGACUCAAUAAACCGAAUGGUCACAAAGCACUCGCAUGUGGGCUCUGUUCAAUUCUACCCCAAGAUCAACUUCUUGAUAUUAUAACAAAAUACACCCCCGAAAAGUGUAAAAUAAACUUAGAAAAUAUUGAUGAUAAUGUAGUGAACCUUCAAAAAUAUAUUGCUAAAAAUAUGCACAAAGCUAGACCUCAUCCACCGCCAGAUUCAAUAUUGUCAUAUGCAAAAGGAGAUUAUCUACAAUAUGCCAUUCCAUCUCUUUUAGCUAUAUUUCAUAAUUUAAGUCCAAUGUCUAGCAAAGAACACAUACAAAAGUUAAUAAAUUCACCUAUAUCGUUACAAAAGCAUGGCAUUCGAUUUGCCUUCAAUAAAUUAGAACUAGAUGAUAUUAAAAAUAUUUUCAGUAAUAUUUGGAAAACUACUAAAAACGUCACUAUACGAGCGAUCAUUUUCCAAUUUACCUACAACUUAAUUUGUAAAGAAGAAAAUUCAGUCAAAGUUCAAGAAUUUUGGGAGUUAUUUGAAGUUUUUAUAGACAAUUUGUCUUAUGAGGAAGAUAAAAAAAUUUACGAGUUGCUGGUAAAAGUAGAUAAUAUUCCGUUAAGCAUUAGACCAAAAUAUUUAAUAAAAUGUUAUAAUUUCUUAAAACUUUUAACCGCUCAUGUUACCAAUGAAAAAGAAUCUUACGAAUUUAUGAUUAAUAACUUAAUUUGUAGCACUCGAAGUAUAAUGGAGUUCAUGUGCCCAGAUUUCAUAACUAAACGGUUAUUAGAAUGUUUCGAUAAUAAAAAUUCAUCCACUGACAUGAAUUCUGUAUUGUCAGCAUUUUUACUAAGCGCUAAAAACGAAGAAACUCAAACAAAACGCUAUGAAAAUAUUUUGUAUCCAUAUAUGCAACGUUGUUUUAAUACUUGGCAGGAAAAUUCUAUUAAAAGUGAUUUUGAAGCAGUUCUUUCGCAACUGCAGUAUGAUUUACGUGAUUAUGUAAUACAGAAAAAUAUGUUUGUCCCUGUAAAAUUAUUUACAGAUAUUCAAAAAGAACUAGAAAGUUCAUUGUCAAGACCAGAAAACUAUUUAUUACUUACCAAAUGGAAACUAAUAGUAUCCCUAGUUAGACUGAUAAAGGACGUCAAGUCAUCUGAAUGGAAUGAAAUAUGCUCGGAAAUAGCUUCAGAAUUAGGAAAAGCAUAUCUGCAAUAUUUGAAAGAAGAUGUUGAAACUCUCUUUCCGUGCAUUUACGUACUCUUCUCUCAGGCAGUUGAAAGUACAUUGAAUUAUUUUAAUGACGGUGCUAAAUACAAUGUUUACACGUGUAUGCUUUCAGAUCAACAUUUUAUACAGUCAUACCUUACUGUAAUGAUGCUUUAUGAUAAUUACGAUUCAAAUAAAACGAAAGAAUUGCAAAAAAUAUUUUCUGAACACCCUUCUUCUGAAGUCAAAAUGCAUUUUUAUUACAAAUUGUUCAAGGACAAUCAAUUCCAAGAGCUAUUGGCUUAACUAUACGCAAAGGGUUUAGGCUUUGAAUAUUGAGCGUACAAAAAACUAUGUUGAGUCAAGAAAUUAAGAACAUACUAUAACGUAUCAUUGUAAAAUGAUAAUACUAAGUCUAAAAACUGGAUUCCAAUUUCAAAUAUGUAUAUGUGUUAUUACUUGCCCAUGAAGAAGUAAAGAAAUUAUUUUUUGUGGAUAUGCUUUUCUUAUAAUAGAUAAUGAAAUUACAGAUACUUACCUAUUUUUUUUUUCUUUUUUAAAGUAAGCAGCAACUAACAAAUAUCUAAUAUUUUUUGUAAACGUUUAUAAAUGGGAAUUGAUAUUGUAAAUACUUCUAAGCAAUUCUAUUUCUCGUUAUUCAUUAUACAUGUAAUUAUAACACCUAUUAUAACAAGUUACGUUUAAUAAAUAGUCGUAUUUGUAAAAUACAUAAAAUUUAUUUGUUGUAGUUGUAAUAUAUAGCUAAUUUAUAUAGUGUGAUAUCUAUGUAACAUAACCAACAAUAAAUAAAUUUAUAAAAUU